AUGCUUAAAAUAUCAAAGAUUCCCAAGGAUAUAUAAAGAUUUAAUCAAAAAAUUUUAGGUAUGAACUAAGUGAUGGUCAGGCCAAGAUUAACUCAUUUUAAAAGAUCAGACAACCAAAUGUAACAAAUAUACUGUAAAUAUUAACAGAUAGAGUCCACAAAAUAGUUCGAUGUUGUUGAAAUUGUAAAUUUUCGAAAGCAAGUUCAGGGACAUAAGAUCGUUAUAAAUUAAGAUGUUGAUUCGAAUAAUGUUGAUACUGAUGAUGAUGGGGGUUCCAAUUAGGAAUGUGGGAAAAAUAGCAGCAGUAACUCCAUAGCUAUCGCAAAUUAAUCUAAUCAUGAGCAAAUCAAUCAAAUUAUAACUUGUUCUUAAUUGCCUACAAAAUACUCAUAGAUAAAUACUCAUUAACCGUCUCAGGUGUAGUAUUCUCAAUGGGACAAUAGGCAUCCAUUCCAUAUAGAUAGUUCCUCGCCAAUAAACAAUUCAAAAUAUAUGCCAAUCAAAGCAUUGAAUGUUUUCUCUAGAGAUUGGAUUAUCUAGGCAAAAAUAUCGAGAAAGAGUGAAAAAAGGUUUACUAAAAACGGAGGUAUAGUCUUUAAAAUUGAGAUUAUAGACUGUUUUGGAACUAUUAUUGAGUGUACAUUUUUUAAUGAGGCUGCAAAGUACUAUGAAUAACAACUUAUAGAGGAUAAAGUAUAUCUUUUCUCAAACGGCUAAGUCAAAUAAUCGAAUAAGAAAUUCUCAACUAUAAAGAAUGACUUUUGCUUGAUAUUUGAGCUAACAGCAAAGAUUGUAGAAAGUAACGAUGAUGGAGGGAUUAUAGAUAAUAGUAUUGAAUAUAAUAGUGAUACAAUCAAAUCUAUAGAAUCGACAGACCGGAACAGGGCUAUUGAUGUUUGUGGAGUAGUAAUUGAUGUUUCAGACCCUGAAUAAGUAAAACUCAAAAAUGGAAAUCAAAAAUAAAGAAAAUACAUAACGAUUGUUGAUGAAACUAUGCACUCUAUUACUAUUACACUAUGGGGAGAAAUGAGCGAAAAACAUGCUAAAUUACGAUUUGGAGAUAUAAUCAUAGCGAAAAGGACGAAAUUCUCUGAGUUCGGAGGUAUUAGUCUGAAUGCUGCUGAUGAUCAUAGUGUGAUUCUAACAAAUCAUAUUGAUGAUAGGACUUCUGCUCUAAGAAAAUGGUUCAAUGAGUUUUCAAGAGAACCAAAGUGCAUGGAAAAAGUGAAAUCUUUAACUUAGAAGUUGGGCAAGCAAGAGGAAUAUAAAGAGAUGAUUUAAGAACGUAUGCAGUAGCUUGAAAAAAAGAAGGAUCCUCCAUACAAUUUAGUUUGUGAGAUAAAUGAUAAAUUGCUAGAAGAUAGUGAAAGGUUCAGAAGAUCAAAUUAAGAUCAUAUAUUCUACUUCAAUGGAUAUGUACUUAGCAUAACGACAGAUAAAGUCAUCUAUCCUGCAUGUUAAGUGGAAUAAUGCAAGAAAAAAGUAACUGAGGAACUGGAUGGAACAUUUAGAUGCGAUAAUUGUAAGAGGAAUUUUUAGCAGUAUAGUCCAACGUAUAUGGUAUGUGCAAGAAUUACAGAUUUUACCUAGUCAAUAUUUGUAAAUUUUACAAGAGAACACGGAAACGAUUUAAUGGGUAAGAUACUUAAGAGUUUAUUUAUAUUAAGAUAGGAAUGA